UUUUAUAUUCUAUUGCAAAUUCGAGUGCGGCACAACAAACAUAAUAAUAUAAGUAAAAUGAUAAAAUGCUAAUGCUAACGGUAAGAUUAAAAAAAAUAUUAUACUGGAUAUAAAAAAGGAUGUUUGUUCGGGAAAUUUUUUGAGCGUGCACAAAACAUCCGUUAAUAAACUGAAAGUACCAUUUCCCAAUUUUAUACUAUUUUUAUUAGAUUCUCAGAGAAUAUUAAAGCGUUCUAAUCUUUUCGAAAAGUCAUUCACUAUGAGAUUACUAUAAUAGUCGAUUUAAUUUAAUUUGAUCGGAAAUAAAAACGAGUGCUCAUGUGCAAGUUUUUAGUAUGGGUGUAUUGAAAACUGAUUCACAGAAUUUUUUUAAUUGGUCGAACAUUUGGCAAUUGAACGUUUUGGCAUUUUUGCCGACAAAUGACUCCAAGUAUGCCGUCGAAACUCUACUGCUUAUCCUCCCAUCAUUUUUCUACAUGGUGUAUGCUGUUGUGCUAUCAAGUCUGCUGUCCCACCGAUCCAAAACUUCUCUAUUUCUCAUAGAAUUUCUAGUCAUUGUAGUGCCAGUGAUAGCCAACGUCACAGUUUUGUCCCAGUAUGUAACAAAUGUUGUAGUGAUUACAUGUUUUAUUUUAGGAUUUCACUUGGUAGUUUCUUUAUUGUAUAUGCGAGUUAGAAAUAAGAAAACUAUUAAAACAGCUAAUAAGAACACAGAAAACAAAAAAGAUUACAUAACGAACUGUAGGGCUACAAUCAAUUUGAUAUCUGUUGUAGCCAUUUUAGCUGUAGAUUUUAAGAUAUUUCCUAGUAAAUACUCAAAGACUUUAAAAACUGGGUUUAGUCUCAUGGAUGUGGGAGUGGGUUUAUAUGUAUUUGCCAAUGGUAUUGUGGCCCCAGAAGUAAGAGGCAAAAAAGACUCUAUUAAAAGUUCAAUAUUCGGGUCAGCAUUAUUAAUUUUAAUAGGGUUAUUAAGGCUUGUUUUAACGAAAUUGACCCACUAUCGCGUAUCGGACACGGAGUAUGGGGUGCACUGGAACUUUUUUAUGACUUUAGGAUUUGCCAAGAUAACUUCUUCGUUUAUUUUAAACGUUUUUAGCCUGAAAUACGUUUGGGUUAAUGCGGUUUUAAUUACAAUAUCACAUGAAACUUUACUGCAAUUAUCAUUUAAACAUUGGGUGUUUGACUCCGACGAUCGAAGUAAUAUCCUGAAUGCCAAUAAGGAAGGUUUAGUGUCUUAUGUGGGAUUUGCGGCGAUAUACUUAUUUUCUGUUUAUUUCGCGUAUAAUAUCCGGCAAGCGGAAAGAAAUUAUAGAAAUGUUAAUUUAAGGUUUUUAUUGAUAACAUGUUGCUGUUUAACUAUGACGUUUUUUUGUAAUUAUCAUUUUGAAGUUUCUAGAAGACUGGCAAACGCAGGUUACAUAUUUUGGAUACUUUUUAUAGGGUUUUUUAUGACCUGGUUGUUCUUUUUGGCGGAAAAGGGACAGCAUUAUUUAUUCAAGAAUAAAAUUAAAAAUUACGUUUGUUCUCCCUAUCUGUAUGAAGCGAUAAAUUAUAAUGGUUUAAUUUUUUUUCUGGUGGGCAACGUGCUUACUGGGCUCAUAAACUUAUCGAUUACUACGUCAAGAGUAGGAAAUAUGAAUGCCUUAAUGAUUCUUGUGGUUUAUAUGUUUAUAAAUUGUGGAGUAGUAUAUUGGUUCUAUAGGAAACAGUGGAAAUUGAAACUGUAGAUUUUUUUAAAUUAAAUUUGUAUUGUAUAUUAUAGUGAUACAAAAAAUAUUAAUUUGUUUAUACAAAUUACUAUAUUGAAAAAUGUGGAUAUUGUGGCUGAAGAGGUAAUAAUUUAUUUUGUGACUUAUUUUGUAUAUAUGGUGUUUAAAUAUUUAGUAAUGUAGUUUUAGCACUAUUGUGUUUCAAUAAGUAUUCUUUUGUUAAUAUAACUUGAUUUUUAUCAACGACCAAAUAUAUGUGAUAAUAAUAAUAAUAAAAU